AUGACAAAAGAAGCUUCCAGUUCUCCUAGUAAUCUGGCUCAAAAACCAAACCCGUAUGAGCCACACCCUUCGGAUUUCGUCUCCAACGUGGGUAACUUCCAAUUGAUCGAUUCUACUCUGCGUGAAGGUGAGCAGUUCGCCAAUGCCUUUUUCUCCCACGAGAAGAAAAUUGAGAUCGCUAAAGCGCUGGACUCAUUCGGGGUCGACUACAUCGAAUUAACGUCUCCAGUAGCUUCCGAACAAUCUAGAAAGGACUGUGAGGCGAUCUGCAAAUUAGGAUUGAAGGCAAAGAUUCUUACACAUAUACGGUGUCACAUGGACGAUGCGCGUGUCGCUGUCGAAACUGGUGUCGACGGUGUAGAUGUAGUUAUCGGUACGUCAAAGUUCUUAAUGGAGCACUCCCACGGUAAAGAUAUGAACUAUAUUGCCAAGAGCGCUGUGGAGGUGAUUGAAUUUGUCAAGUCCAAGGGGAUUGAGAUCAGAUUCUCGUCUGAGGACUCCUUCAGAAGUAAUUUGGUUGACCUUUUGAAUAUCUACAAAACUGUUGAUAAAAUCGGUGUUAACCGAAUCGGUAUCGCGGACACUGUUGGUUGCGCAAACCCAAGACAAGUUUACGAGCUGGUGAGAACUUUGAACAAUGUGGUAUCCUGUGAUAUUGAAUGCCAUUUCCAUGACGAUACCGGUUGUGCCAUUCCGAACGCGUACUGUGCAUUAGAGGCUGGUGCAAAGCUGAUCGAUGUCUGUGUACUUGGCAUUGGGGAAAGAAACGGUAUUGUACCCUUGGGUGGCUUAAUGGCAAGGAUGAUUGUGGCGGCUCCGGAGUACGUCAAGUCCAAGUACAAGCUGCAUAAGUUAAGAGAUCUUGAGUUACUUGUCGCCGAUGCUGUCGAAGUUAACAUCCCCUUCAAUAACCCAAUUACAGGGUUUUGUGCAUUUACACACAAAGCUGGUAUUCAUGCCAAGGCAAUCUUGGCGAACCCAUCUACCUACGAGAUCUUGGACCCGCACGACUUCGGUAUGAAGAGAUAUAUCCAUUUUGCAAACAGGUUGACUGGUUGGAAUGCAAUCAAGGCGCGUGUGGAUCAAUUAAACUUGAACUUGACGGAUGCUGAAAUCAAAGAGGUUACCAAUAAGAUCAAAGAGAUGGGCGAUAUAAGGCCGUUGAGCAUCGAUGAUGUUGAUUCCAUCAUCAAAAAAUUUCAUGCUGAUGUCACAACGCCAAAAUUGAAGUCGAAAAGAGGUGAGAUUACAUUAACGACCGAAGAUGAUUUGGAUCUGACGUCCACCCAGGGACCUGACACCAAAAGGUCCAAGCAUUGA